AGCUGAUCCUGCGCGCACGCAAGGCGGACCUUGAGUCGGGACCUGUCGCCCCCAACGCCCGGGCCUGGGUGUUCCCCCGCCCACGCCUCCUGCGGGUCACUACCAACCUUAGCUUCUCAGACUGAGCUCGGCGCACCGGAGAGGAUUAAGUCUGCCCCUCUGCAGCACUGCUAGGACUCAUUCCCACUCUGCUUUACCCAAGACCCACAGAGGCUGGGUGAUCUUCCAUCCUCCGGAGGGAAAUAGGUGUUUCAAAAACCGAGAGAGGCAGGGGUCUCCUGGUAAGGGUUCUGCUGUGCCAGUGGUCAUCACGGUGGCGGGAACGACAGCCUUGGACACUCCUAAGGUCAGAAGUCGGUGGGCAAGUUGACUGAGCCCUGGCAGUCUCCCAGUGUCAGCAUGAACUCCAGGGUCCCAGCUACUCAGAGCUGGUUCAGCAGCCACCUGCCCACCACUGAGCCUGACUUGGAGCCCGCCACCGCCGCUGAAGGCUCUACCACCGAGACCGCCACCCUCAGCCCAGAAACCACAAGCUUCAAUGACACCAGAAUCCCUGAUGUGGCAGGUGGUGCAGCUGGUGUGGGCACCAUGCUUCUGUCUUUUGGGAUCAUCACAGUGAUUGGCCUGGCUGUGGCCAUGGUUUUAUACAUCAGGAAGAAGAAGAGGCUGGAGAAGCUGCGCCACCAGCUCAUGCCUAUGUACAACUUUGACCCCACGGAGGAACAAGACGAGCUGGAGCAGGAGCUACUGGAACAUGGGCGAGACGCAGCCUCCAUGCAGGCUGCCGCCUCGCUGCAGGUCACACAGGGCAAGAGCACUCUCCCUUCCCAGGGCCCGCUGCAGAGGCCCAGCAGGCUGGUGUUUACCGAUGUAGCCAAUGCCAUCCAUGCGUGAGAGGCCGGAGAACAGGCCUGGAUCUCUGACAAAGACAACGGCACGGGGCCCAUCAGUGCUGCCCACUUCCUGACUGUCAAGACCUAUUCUCAGGACCAGAGCCACCACCACCACUGAGGCAGGAAAGGGCUGCAACAGACCCCAGCUGUGCUGAGGCCCCACCUAGUGACUCUCAAGCUUGCAGAGAGCUCUGACCAGGAUAGUCAUUUGACCACAGACUUCUCCUGAACCCCUGGCUCUGCUGGCUUCCUGGUCUCCUGUAUCCCUUGCAUCAAGGUCUGCUUCCCUGAUGGGGAGGAAGAACAGAAGCUUGGAGAGGGGUGACUUGUUUUUGUGUGUGACUGGAGUCUCUUCUAGGGUAGAGAUAGGCAAACAGCCAGAUGCCUGGGACAGGGCAGGGCAAUACCUUUUUUUCGAGGGUGUGGGGAGGGAAGGAAGAAUUUAUUUUAUUUUAUUUUAUUUUAUUUUAUUUUAUUUUAUUUUAUUUUAUUUUAUUUUAUUUUAUUUUUGAGACAGGGUCUUGGCUAGCCUGGAAGUUGUAGACCAGGCUGGCCUCCCACUCAGGCUGCGUCUACCUCUUUGAUGCUGGGAUUAAAGGCAUGCACCACCACACGCAGCUAGAGCAGCGCCAUUCAUAAGCCCAAGAGGUGCAGGGAGAGAGCUGGGAAUGCCCAGUGGAUGCCCUGGGAACCAUCCAUAUGUAAGAUACUGUGGUGAACGGGUAAGCAUGAGGUCUCCCGGAAAUCUCUACCGUAUCCCUGGCAGCCAAAAUAGCUGCUGAGAGAGAUGAAAUGGGGAGGCUGGGUAUGGAAAGAUGCAACUCCCCCAGAUGUGGGGAAAGGCCACACACAGACAGGUACCUGUUCCAGCAUGCAGGACAUAGGCUUUCUGCAUUGGCUUCACCUCACAAGCUCACUCCCACUCAGUGACAGGGAGUGAAGCAUUACCACAGGCAACUGCCUCUCCUUCAGUGCUCAGGGCUACGUGGAAAAGAAACAAGACUAGGGCCCUCUGUUCACUGUGUUUCUUCAGUGAGUUCUAAAAGCUGGGCACACUUGCCUUCCUGGUCCUGGGAGAGGCUGCCACAGGCCGGAAGCUGGUAGGAAAAGCUAUGGUUGCUUGAAAGGGAGUGUCCUUUGAGGUAAAGACCUAAAGAAGCAAGUCUGACUUUAGUUUUUCCUUUCCACCGUAUCUGCAGGGAGGACCACUCAGUGUACACGGAAUGUAGAAUUGAGUCUGCCAUUGGUCUUCCCUCAAAGUCUUGGAGGCUUGGGACUGAUAUUGGGAGCAUCUGGGCAGAGAAGGCCACAAAGACAGGGUGGUUUUUCUACACUGGGACAUACUCGUGAGCAUGCACAGAGGCGUGUCCCCAACUUCCCUGUCACCCCUGUCCUCUGCCGGCUAGAGGGGAUGCGGGGGUGGACAUAUGCUGCUAUUGGGCAGAUAUCACAUGUUAAGAGGUGGGGGGGGGCUCAAGAGGCGGAGGGCUAGGAGCAUCCCAUGGGGAGAGGUUCUGGUUUUCUUGCUGCCUCUAGCUGCUAUAAAUACGUUAGCACUUGAGCAACUGGAAAGCUCUGAGUAAUUUAGGAUGCACAAAGCUGUAAUUUAACUCCAGCAUCUCAGUGUGCGAGAGCAUUAAAGAUGUAAUUAAGAUGUUU